CAAAGCGACAUUUUCUGAAAGUAACAAUAAACUUAAAAUAUCAUCUUUCUAUCUGUCAUUUAGAAAUUCAUGCGAUAUUAGUGAUUUUUGAAUAUUUUUGUACAUAAAACACUAAUUAUAAAAUAAUCAUUCGCAUGAUUUUAUUUAUCUUUGCAUAUUAAAAGUGGAAGUACGUUAAGAGUAAGGCUCAUAAUAUUGAAUUUGGAAACAUGUCCGAUGCUCCUGAUCAAUGCAACACCGUGCAAUCGCCAAUUAUUAUGAAAAUAGAUGCUCCUGAUGAUUCUAGUUCUAAUGAAAAUUCAUCAGAAACUGAGAAUUCUACCUCAUCUACGUCGUCCAAUAUUCCAACAAUGUGGGUUUUUGGGUCCACUAGUUCAAAGUCAGCAACUAAUAAUCCGUUUAUAUUAAACAAUAAGAAAAGUGCUACUUUAAGGCCAUCAUUCUUACGACCCUCCCAAUUGGGUUCAAACAAGAAUGAGGAAUCCUCAGAGAAGAGUAAUGGACCAUUGGCCCCUAGUAAAUUAAAUCCAUUUAAACGAAACAUUGAUGAUGAAGUAGAGCAAAAUGUUAGUGAUACUAAAGAAAAUGAAACUUCAAGUAAUAACCAAGAAUUGGAUAAAAGCAAUGACAAAAGCAACAUAAAAUUGCAUGAAGUUACAGAAUCAGCCAAAUCAACUACUCCAUCAACUUCUUCAGGUCCCACCGAUUCAAAAUCUACUUUAGUUUCAAGUUUUGUUUUUGGCCAGAAUGUACAUGAUAGAGUUGUUACAGAAGGCACUACAGAAGCUAGUGAAAAAGAAGAACCUGUAUCAAAUAACACAAAUAAUGCUACCUCAUCAAAUGGAACUUCAGAAAAUUUAUUCACAUCUUUAUUAAAGAAGGAAGUAAAUGAAACACAAACUAAAGAGAAUCAUGCAGUGAGUUUAACAGAAAGUGCAAAGGCAUAUGAGGAAAGUCGUGCAAACAAACGUAAAUAUGAAGAAGUGGAAGUCAUUACAGGCGAAGAAGGAGAGAAAAAUGUAAUACAACUUUGUUGUAAAUUAUUUGCAUUCCAAGCAGGUAUAUGGCAAGACAGAGGUCGAGGUACAAUGAGACUCAAUGAUUUAGAGGAUGGAGAUUCUAGAUUAGUUUGGAGAAAUGUUGGAAGCCAUCGUGUUAUGUUAAACACUUUAGUAUGGGAAGAUAUGACUGUAGAAAGAGCAAGCCCAAAGAGUCUACGUAUAACUGCAGUAGAUAGUGCUGCACAAAUAAAAGUAUUUCUUAUUAUGGCAGGACCUACUGAAAUGGAUCAGCUACAGGAAGCUCUAACAACUCGUGUUUCUAUUGCAAAAAGUAAAACUAAAAACAACGAUGAGCCAAGCCCAAAAAAACUGGCUAAAUAGUUUUGUUACAAUAAAUUAAUCUUUGGUGAUACUGAUUGAAUUAUUAAGUUCAAUAAUCUUCUUUAGUUGAAUAUCACCAGGACUG